AUGGCGGCCAAAAAGGAAAAUUCUGCCAGAGUGAAGAUUGAGUUUGUUUUAGAUGAAUGCCAUAGCAAUGCUGCYAAAGCAAACCUAGUCAUUGAAUGUAUCAAGUAUUUGCUCUAUGAAAGACAUCAAAUACCAACAACGGUCGACCAAAUAUUUCGAAAUACUGAAGCAGAACUAUCGAUCUGUCAAACUCAYCGACGAACGGACUCUAAGAAGAAAAUACAACUUUUUAAUGACUUGAAAUGCCUCUUUCAAAACCUAGAAGAACUGUUUGAAUCCACACCUGUGAGYUCAGCGCUACUUAUUUUCGGUUCUACAGCUGUGAGCCCGAAGGAGUCCUAUCAAUUUAAAUUUUUAACGUCUUUUAAUUCAAUUAACACUCAAUCAKCMAUGUCAUCAGCAUCGGAGUCAAGUUGCAGGAGAAUGUCACGAAAGUUUUUAAGACAUCUUGUAAUGAAUGAAGACCUUCGAGACUUCAAGGAAAUUCCCUCUACUCCACUUCUUGUGUUUUUUCAAGUUCCAAGAACUGUAACAAAUCCUUGGUUCCGGCCUAARCAUUCCUUCAAARUUCCUAGUAGGGGAAACGUUUGUUCAAUAAUUCUAAAAAAUGGAGAGGUGGCAGAGGAGAGAAAUAAUGAAAAGGAUUUUGUAUGGCUUCAGGCACCAGUGACUAUAAGAGGAUACUAUGAGAAAAUGAARGAUGUAACAAAUGUUUUUUCAGAAUUUUGGGAAUCAUGAAUGUUUAAUUUAGUAAUAAAUAACUGCAUACAUUAGGAUUAAUUUGAAAUUUACUAGAACUCACAGUUGGAAAUAUCCAAGAUGUAGAUAGUUAAAAUGCCAAUAAUGCCAAAUGCAACUGCAAAUUGACAAGUUUAUGAAGAUGAUCAGCCUUYGGUGCCAAGUCAGGACGUUUUGGUUCAACAGACUUCAAAAAYAUGAACAGUUACACUUUAAAAUUUUGAAGUUUCUUCAUCAAAGACUUUGGCUUUCUUACUUAAAUUAUAAGUGUAAUAAAAUUUAGUUUUCUAAAAAUAUGAAUGAAUUAUUAUAAACAAUUUAUACGUUUUUAGUCAGUUUGCACCUGCACAAUUUUUUUUAUAGUAAACCAUGAUGGGAAAU